GCAGGCAAAUAUUCUAUGCAAUAGUUCAUGCCGCUAGAGCUCGUGGUUGACGACCAAAUAAGCAGCAGUGCAGUAUUAAUCUGGCAUUAAACGUAAUUCCUCUCUCUCACAGCGGAGAAAAGUUAUUUUCCUUCAAAUUUCCGUACAAUAAUCAUUAAAUUGACGUGAUCAAUUGGUUCGAGAAAAUGCCACGCGGUAAAUAUGUUAGUUACAAAGGCCGGAGUCGUCACUUCACUAACCCCGAGGAACUGGAGGAGCAACGACGCCAGGAGGAAAAAAAGCUCCAGUGGAGAAAGAACAAAGGGAAGGAUAGUUCAAGUGAUGAGGAAGAUGAACCCAAAGCACACGGUGAUUCAGUAAAAAAUAAUAGUUCCUCGGGGUCAGAUACCAACAGCGAAUCAGAAUCAGAAUCAGAAACUGAGGGAAAGACAAAGGGUGUAGAAAAUUUAAUUCAAGUUGAAAAUCCAAAUAGGGUACAAAAGAAAGCAAAAAAAUUAUCUCAAUUAAAUCAAUCUUUAGACACAGCGAAACCAGAUUUAUCUCGUAGAGAACGGGAACAACUAGAAAGACAGAGAGCAUAUGCAAACUAUCAGAAAUUACACGCGGCAGGUAAAACGGAAGAAGCACGUGCGGAUCUAGCACGAUUAGCUAUAGUUAAACAACAACGGGAGGAAGCGGCUAAAAAACGAGAAGCUGAAAAGAAACAAAAAGAACUCGCUCUUCAGAGGAAAACGGAACUUAGGCAAAAAGCUCUUGGCAAAAAAUCCUAGAACGUUUUAACUUGAGUCAAUUAAAAUAUAUUUGAUGUCACAACUACUAUUACAUUAACAAUAAUGAACAGUUAAAAAAUCUACUUUCAUAUUGAUACUAAUUAAAUGGAUCAAUUCGCGCAUUUACAGAAUGCGUUUGAUGAAAAUAUCCUUGUUUAAUUAUACAUAAAUAUAAUUAUUACAAUAACUAAA